CUCUAUCUGAAUCUGUGACGCCGAGCUAGGGCCACGUCGACGUCUCGUCAACACUUGACGACGUUACCACAUCAGACCUCGGCGUCACAGGCUACAAUGUCGAGCUGUGUUGGCUCGACGCCACAACCUAUGAAGCCAAAUAAAGAGUCCAAAAUAAGAAAUAAUCGUUAAGUAAAUGUUAUUUUUUUUAAAAAAGAGACUAAAAUAAAAAAAAUCGGUCGUGUGUCCCUCCCAGCAAGCGAGAGGCGAGGCGGGGCUUUGGACAGAAGCUUCCUUUCGAUCCCCGUCGCGAUAGCUAUGCUUGGUCGCUUGCUUUCGCGCGCCGAGAUCUGGAUUAGAUUCCUUGAUUCCCCUGUCACCGCCACAGGCCAAGGCGCAGUUUGUGCGCCACUCUGAAAGCCCCCACCUGAACGCUUGAGACCCAACGCAAAGCUCAUCGUCAGAUAUAAUAAUAUUCUCUCUCUUCCCUUCCCUUCCCUUCCCUUCCCCCUUCUUUUUCUCUUCUCCGUUCAAUCAAGAGAGAGGGGAAAAAGCAUGCUCCGUUUGCCCUCCUCUCCUCUGACAAUUGCUUGUCCUGUCCAAAUGCAAUUCCUGACGGAUCGUGCACGCCGGGGCCGGGGCACACCAGGCAGUGAGAUCAAAGCAAGGCAGACGGACAGACAGCGCAUCUUUGAUGCAUAUGCGGCCGUGUGUCCACCUAUCUAUCUUACCUUCACUUCAAAGCAAGUUUUCGUGUGCCGGUAAAGCCAGCAUUUGCUCGUGUCGUGAGACGGUGCUGGUGGUGGUGGUGGGGUUCCGAGGGAGGAGAGAAUCCAUCCGGUCCAAGGAGCAAGCAGGCGAGGAGAGGGUGAGAGGAAACAGCAAGAGAACAACAGCAAUGCAAUGCGACGCAUGCAAUGGCCCCGGCCCCCUUUCGCUUCUCUCGUCUCCUUUUUUUUUUAAUCUCGAAAGAAAAGAAAACCAAGAAAAAAAACUCUAUCCUUUCGAGAGGGGUUGUAGCUGAACUGUUUCGCUUUUGCCGCGCCUACUGCCGAAAGAUUCUCCCUCUUUCAGGUCAAAGAAGUGAAAGCAAAAGCAGCAAACGAUUGAGGCGGUGCCGGUGGUGACAUGGAGGGAGGGGGCGCGGGCGCCAAAAGAAGAUGCUGCCAUGGCCCGGCCAGGCCCCAGCUGCUGCCCUCACGCGCGGCGCCAUAUUCCCCCUUGUGUUGUGUUGUGCCUUGCCGCCGAUUCGCGGCCCCGGGCGUAUCCAUACAUAUACCGCCGGAGGCGGAGACAGGGACGGAAUAUCUCUGGGCCGGGCGGGGCGGUGGUGGAGUCCCAGGAAAGCAAAGCAACCGACCGACGCAGCCAGCCGGCCGGCCGGCCUAUAAGAGCCCCCGCGCGGCUCGCGGUGGCAUCGACCGUCGGUCGAUCACCCGCUGAGCUUGCUUGUUUUCCUGCCGCGGUCGCUGCUUGGCCAGGACCAGCUGCUUGCUGCCGUCGUCUCGUCUGCGGCUACUCCGGCCUCUCAUGCUGGCCACGCCACCGACGCUGCGAUACGAAGCGCCGCGGUGGGCACGUCGGAAAUGGCAUCGUCGCUGGGAGUGGGUGGUCAGCAGCAGGGGCACGGGCACGGGCACGGCGAGGCCAGGGCGCGGCUCAGGUGGACGCGCCAGCUGCACGACCGCUUCGUGCUCGCCGUGGCCCAGCUCGGCGGCGCAGACAAGGCGACACCCAAGUCCGUGCUGAGGGCGAUGGCCGUGCCGGGGCUCACGCUGUACCACCUCAAGAGGCACCUGCAGAAGUACCGGCUGGUGGCGGUGAGCCGAGGCGUCGCUUCCCCGCUGGGCGACAGCGGAGAUGGCACCGACGAGCGUUCGUCCUCGUCCUCGGAGAACCAGCCGGCGGACGAGUGCGACGACGGUACCGUCGCCGAGCCGCAUGGCGAUUCUUCCAGGAGCGUGGCGCGGAUGCAGAGGAAGCUGCAGGAGCAGAUCGAGGUGCAGCGGCACCUACAGCUGAGGAUCGAGGCGCAGGGGAGGUACCUGCAGUCCGUGCUGCGCCGGGCGCAGGAGGUCCUCGCCGACCACGGCCUGGGCUCGGCAGCCGGCGCGGAGGCGGAGCUGGCCUCCGCGGUGGACACCGGGUCCCUGUCCUCCUCCUGCUGCUGCUCCCCGACGCGCCGCCGCUCCGCCGACAGCUGCGUGACGUCCUCCUCUUCGGAGGCCGAGAGCCAGGCCCCCGUCGGCGGCGCCACGUGGCUCCACACGUGCGCCGGUACGCGCGACUGCUCCGUUGAGCAACAGCCGGUGCAGGGGGAGAAGAGUACAUUCCUGCAGAGGCACGGGGCAGCAGAGGACGGCACUUCGUCUGAGAUCGAUCCCAACGGCAACAGGUAGGGGACGGAGUCGGAGAUCGUGAUCGGAAGCAUCUCUCUGCUCUGCAUGUGCCCAGCGUCGGAGAACAGGGAAUGAAUGAUUGGCGGGGUGGCCUUCAAGGUUGGGACUUGGGGAGGGGGGCCAGGCUUUUGAGCAAUGUCUGCUGCUGAAACAGCUACCUGCUCUGCUCUUCGUUCCAGAAUAUGAUGUGCAUGUUUAUUUUCGUUUAUGCGAAUGGUUCUUGUGUUUCAUGUAAAAAAAUUAUGACUGCAACUCGAGGAAGGGCCAGCUGCAAAUGAUGCAUGCAGUGUGCUUGAGGUAGCAGUACAAUGCAAGGAUGAUUGCAUGGUACAGAACUGUAGUAGCUACUAUAUUAUUAGUAAGAUUGUAUGCCAUCAGUGAGAUUGAUGCCUUAAGAGGGUAAUGGCAUGAGAACUGGAAAAGGUUUAGAAUGUAUAUUAAGGCCUCAUUUGAAAUAGAGGAUUAGUAAAAAUA